AUGCUCACCUUUAACCUAACCGUUCCACUCUCUGUUGACUUUUCGCGUCCUGAAGAUUAUUUGAUAUUUAUUUUUCAUAUCCUGUUUGCCACAGGUUCGGCUCUGCUGGCAGGGUCAGUAGUCAUCGGAAUCAUGAGCACCAGAGCCCUGCGCUCCCAAAACCGCUUCAUCUUCAUGUUAAACACCAGCAUCAGUGACACUUUAACCGGCUGCUCUGUCUUCUACCUCGGCCUGUUUGACGUCCAGGAGGGCUAUCCGUCCCGGAACGGCACUUAUUACAUUUUACCAUCAUUUCUAGGAGUGAACGUGUUGACAUUUGUGUUUGCACAGUUUGAUAGAUACCUGGCAGUGUGUCACCCCUUCUUCUACAAGCGGUACAUCACGCGCGGGGUUGUGAUUGGCGUCUGCGCGCUCUGUUGGAUUUACACAUAUUCAAUUCUAACUGUUCAAAGCGUCGUGCCAGUUGCAUUCGCCGCUCAAAUGAACGCUUUUGGGGUCAUAGUCCUGCAGGUGAUCGUGGCCGUCAAAGUUUUAAUGACCAUCAAACUGUACAUGAUCACGAGGUAUCAGCUCGGCCGAGAAGCGCCCGGCAGCGACAAGGACAGCAAGAAAGAAUCGCUACGCAUUAUCGUUUUUGUGGUCAUUUGUUUUCUCAUCUUGUGGGCUCCGUCUUUUGUGAACAUCUCGGUGAAAUAUGUCACUAAGAACGGACUGAGGUUCAAAAAUGAAGCCACGAAUCUUUUCGCGAUCAUGGCGCGAUUUAACGCGCUCAGCACGCCCGCGCUGUACAUCUGGGGCAGUCCAGCGUUACGCGCGGCGGUCUGGAACUCCGUGUGGAGUAAAGUAUUCAAGAGAAGAAAGACAAGGGUUGACUAUGGUCAUAUGAAACCCAGAAAGGGAGGAGAGAGAAUCCUCAGCAUCACAUAG